AUGGACUACGAAGCGUUGAAGGACCAAUGGAGUGAUGUCGAGGAUCGCGAUGGCAUCAGACUGAGCUGGAACACGUUUCCAAGCUCACGCAUGGAAGCAUCUCGGCUGGUCGUCCCUAUUGGUGCCGUGUACACUCCACUCAAGGACAAGCCAGACUCUCCUUUGCUGCAAUAUGAACCGGUGACCUGCAAAGCACCUUGCCGGGCCGUUCUGAAUCCUUAUGCCAAUGUUGAUGUCCGUGCCCGGAUCUGGAUAUGUCCAUUCUGCCUGAUGCGCAACCCCCUCCCCCCUCAUUACAAGGAUAUCACCGAGAGCACGAUACCGCCGGAGCUUCAUCCUCUAAGCACGACUAUCGAGUACCAAUUGGCGCGUCCCGCCCCUACCCCUCCUAUCUUCGUAUACGUUGUCGAUACCUGCCAGGAAGAGGACAGCUUGAAGGCCUUGAAGGAUACUCUGGUGAUGAGCUUGUCUCUGCUGCCAGCAAAUGCGCUAGUGGGAUUGAUCACAUAUGGUACUAUGGCUCAAGUCCACGAGCUAGGCUACACCGAAUGCGCCAAAUCGUACGUGUUCCGAGGCAGCAAAGAAUAUGCCGCCAAGCAAGUCCAAGAGAUGCUUGGUCUCCUUUCUCCUGGAGUGCGUCCGAACAUGCCUCAACAACCGGCUCGCCCGCCUCUUGGCCCUGCCGCACGAUUCCUUCUUCCUGUUCAGCAGGCCGAGUUCCAGAUUACCAACGUUCUUGAGCAGCUUCAGCGUGACCCGUGGCCCGUUGCGAACGACAAGCGACCUCUGAGAUGCACGGGUGUUGCUCUUAGCGUUGCAGUUGGCUUGCUUGAGACCUCCUUCCAGAAUGCCGGUGGCCGCAUCAUGGUUUUCACCAGCGGCCCAGCAACCGAGGGUCCAGGCCAUGUUGUUGGACCCGAACUUAAGGAACCUAUGCGUUCUCAUCACGAUAUCGAUCGGGAUAACAUCAAGUACUACAAGAAAGCCGUCAAGUUCUAUGACGCCAUGGCUAAGCGUGCUGCCAAUAAUGGACAUAUUGUGGAUGUCUUUGCGGGAUGUCUCGACCAAGUUGGUCUUCUGGAGAUGAAGAACCUUGUCAACUACACUGGCGGUCAUAUGCUCCUCACAGAUAGCUUCACGUCCUCACAAUUCAAGCAGUCCUUCGUCAGAAUCUUCGACAAGGAUGCCAAUGACAACUUGUUGAUGGGCUUCAACGCAUCCCUCGAAGUACUCACUACGAAGGAGCUCAAGGUCACGGGGCUUAUUGGCCACGCGGUAUCUCUGAACAAGAAAUCGAGUUCCGUCGGUGAAACAGAGUGCGGUAUCGGCAAUACGUGUGCCUGGAAGAUGUGCGGCAUUGAUCCUUCUUCGAGCUACGGUGUCUACUUUGAGAUCGCAAACCAAGGCGGGCCUGCGGCAGUGCAGCCAGGUCCUCAGAGAGGAAUGAUGCAAUUCCUUACAUACUACCAGCAUUCGUCUGGUCACUACCACUUGCGGGUCACAACUGUCGCACGCAACUUGAGUGGGCCUGCUGGAGACCCUACGCUAGCGCAAUCUUUUGAUCAGGAAGCCGCUGCCGUCCUGAUGGCGCGUAUUGCAGUAUUCAAGGCAGAGGUCGACGAUGGUCCCGAUGUCCUUAGAUGGGUUGACCGGAUGCUCAUCAGGCUCUGUUCCCGCUUUGCGGAUUAUAGAAAGGACGACCCAACAUCAUUCCGACUUGAGAAGAAUUUCACGCUCUAUCCUCAGUUCAUGUUCCAUCUCCGCAGAAGUCAGUUCUUGCAGUUCUUCAACAACUCCCCUGAUGAGACAGCCUUCUACAGACACGUUCUGAACCAUGAGGAUGUUGGUGACUCCCUUGUCAUGAUCCAGCCGACCCUGGAUUCAUACUCCCUGGAACAUGAAGGCAGCCAGCCUGUCCUUCUUGACUCGGCUUCCAUCCAGCCUUCCCACAUCCUUCUGCUUGAUACUUUCUUCCAUAUCCUUAUUUUCCACGGUGAAACCAUCGCCGAAUGGAGGAAGGCCGGCUAUCAAGACCAAGAAGGCUAUGAGAACCUGAAGGCCCUUCUUGAGCAACCCAAAGAGGACGCUAGAGAACUCAUUUCGGAUCGCUUCCCACUGCCUCGUUUCAUCGUUUGUGAUGCCGGUGGCUCUCAGGCACGUUUCCUGUUGUCGAAGCUGAACCCAUCUACCACACACACGACAGGAGGAUAUGGUGGUGGUGUGACAUCGCAAACCAUUUUCACCGACGAUGUCUCCUUGCAGACAUUCAUGGACCAUUUGAUGAAGCCUAGCCCGGAAAGUGAGCCUCCAGUCAAAUAUCCUGCGCUCUUUCAAGAAAAUUUCCUUUUCUUCUUUGUACCAUCCACCCCGACCAACUCUCCAAGGACGAUUGACGACCUUUCGCACUCGCCAUGCUUCGACCCCAAUGAGGUGAAGAUCAUUCACCUGCGAGUGACUGGUGGUGAGGUCGGAGCCCAGUCUGCUCUGGCUCCCAAGAUCGGUCCUCUCGGUCUGUCCCCCAAGAAGAUCGGUGAAGAUAUCGCCAAGAACACUGGUGACUGGAAGGGUCUGCGUGUCACCGUCAGACUCACCAUCCAGAACCGUCAGGCCGCUAUCUCCGUUGUGCCUUCCGCCUCUUCUCUGGUCAUCAAGGCCCUCAAGGAGCCUCCUCGUGACCGCAAGAAGGAGAAGAACAUCAAGCACAGCAAGUCCGUCGCUCUUGACGAGAUCAUUGAGAUCGCUCGCAAGAUGCGUCACAGGUCUUUGGCCAAGGAGCUUCAGGGUACCGUCCUUGAGAUCCUUGGUACCGCUUUCUCCGUUGGUUGCCAGGUCGAUGGCCGCAGCCCUAAGGAUAUCAGUGAUGAGAUCAAGGCCGGCGAGAUUGACAUCCCCUCCGAGUAAAUUAUGGUCGGAAAUCCGCGGCGGUCGUCUUAAUGUAUCGGCAUGCUAGUUAGGAGAAUACGAUUAAUGCCUUGACAAAAAAAUGUUUAUGAGUCAUGACCUAAGAUUCCCAGAUUGUGUUCAAUCGAAAACUCAUUCGUUCCUCACUGGACACCUUGCCCUCUCUUCCCCAUCCUUCCAUCUGGUUGUGAUUUACUCGCGGUCUAUAUGCGAGUGGAGUCAUGAUCAGACUAUACCCCAGAUGACCUUUGCAACACUCUGGCCCUUACCGUCCAUUCCCGCCUUCGGGCCUGGUAUGUGACUUCUUUCAACGUGGUAUAGGCUUAUUUUACGCAAAGA